GAAUGAGAACCGGGAGCGAGCGUGGAGGCCGUCCCGGGAGACCAAACUGGAGACCAUCCCAAACUGUGAAGCGUGGCUGGCCCUGAUGAAGAGCCCGGCGGGUCGCAACGUCUUCCGGGAGUUCUUGCGGACUGAGUACAGCGAGGAGAACAUGCUCUUCUGGCUGGCGUGCGAGGAGCUCAAAACCGAGUGCAACAAGCACACCAUCGACGAGAAGGCCAGGAUGAUCUACGAGGACUACAUCUCCAUCCUCUCGCCCAAGGAG